UUCCCAAACACAGACAACAGCGCAGGAAGCAAGGAGAGCGAUAAAUUGUCACGAGACGUUUGUUAGUGGUGUGUUACCGCAUUUGUAGUGUACAAAAUUUUCGAAGCUUAACAAAUUUUAAAACAAAAAUGCAGAGCGUUAUAAAUAAUGUGAAAGGCAGGGCUCUGAAUGUUGCAGAGUAUUUCACUCGAGUUCUAAAGGAAUCCAAAUUUAAAGAAACUGGUGUCUUGACUCCCGAUGAGUUUGUAUAUGCAGGAGAUCAUCUUGUCCAUCAUUAUCCAACAUGGCAGUGGGCUAAAGGAGAUGAAGCUAAUCUAAAGGCAUAUCUGCCACCUGAUAAACAAUUUCUUGUGACUAGAAAUGUGCCUUGUUAUAAACGUUGUAAAGAGAUGGAGUAUACUGACCAUCAUGAAGAACUUCUUGAAACUGAAGAUGAGGAUGGUGGUUGGGUAGAUACUCAUCAUUAUUCAGAUAGUACAGUUGCAGCAAUAGCAGAACAAGUGCAAGAAAUGACUAUGGAGCCAGAUACAAAUGUGCCAAAGCCAAUCGUUAAGCAAUCAGAUGAUGAUGAUGAUGAGGAGGAGGAGGAUGAUGAAGGAGAAGCAUUGGAUAUGGAUGCUUUUAUGCAAAGUGGAAUGUUAGAAAAUGAAGAUAAAGCAACUUUAGAUAUAUCUGCAGCUUCAAAACCUAAUGAGAACCAAGAUUCAAAUAAUUCAUCAAAUGAAGCAGGAAUUGUACCUACUCGAACUUAUGAUUUGAAUAUUACGUAUGAUAAAUAUUAUCAGACGCCUAGGCUAUGGUUAUUCGGUUAUGAUGAAAACCGUAAGCCUUUAACUAUUGAAGAAAUGUAUGAAGACAUAAGUCAGGAUCAUGCUAAGAAAACAGUCACAAUGGAGAAUCAUCCCCAUUUGCCUGGUUCACCACGAGCAUCGGUACAUCCUUGCCGCCAUGCAGAAGUAAUGAAAAAGAUCAUUCAUACAGUAACUGAAGGAGGUGGAGAUCUUGGUGUCCAUAUGUAUCUAAUAAUUUUCUUGAAAUUCAUGCAAGCAGUUAUUCCCACAAUUGAAUAUGAUUACACUCAGAACUUUUCAUUAGAAUGAAGUUAAUUUUGUGUUUAUUGUAUAUAUUUAUGAGCAGUACACAUUUAAAAGAAAAUAUGUUAAUUGUUAUUAAGAGUCAUAAACUUAUUUUCAUAAGUUUGGCACUUUGGGUCCAAUCUCUAAUGUAAAUUCAAAUUUUAAAUUACAUUAACAGCUGAAUAUAUUUCUUAAGACAUUUAGUUAUAUAAUUUCACUAUUUAUGUUAAUGUUAUUUUCUGUUUGAUAUAUAGUAUUCUGAUAUUUUUAUAACAUAAAACAUUAUUCAACAUCAUACAUCUGUAAUCACCAUCUGUAUGAGUAAAUUCUCAGAAGUAAGCAUAAUUUAGUUGCCUGCAGUUUAAGUGAUUAUGUGGAAAGUAAAAUUUAAAAAAACUAUCAUGAUAUAUUAUAUAUAUUAUAUCAUAUAUAUUAUUUCUAAGGAAGGAAAUAUAAGGAAAAUGAGCAUCUGUUAUGAAAUGUUAUAUUUAUAAGCAUUGUCUACGAGUCCUUUAACUGUUCAAGUUUUGAUUAAUAAAUAUUGUAAAUUCUAUUUGAAAAA